AUGGCCAAGGCAGCAGUCACCAAGAGCAAACAUUCUCUGAUUCUGAAGCUUUUAAUUUUACUGAGCUGUGGAUCCACCAGGCUGCUGGCUGAGGCUGCUACUCUCUGCUGCAGUUUCAGUGUUAGCAACUCAGUGUCUGGACUGCCAAGCUAUGAAGUCGAAAGCCAAGUGAAGACAGAACAUUACUUUCUGAGCAGAAAUAAUAAAUGUCAUGCCACUGGUGUUCUUCUGAACAGACUCAAUGCCACAGAGAUCUGUGAGAAACAGUUUUACAGUCUAAAAGGACAAGUUGAUCACUUGCAAGAUAUGCUGUACCAAAUACAGGGGAAGAAUAAGACAAUUACAGAGCCCCAGACUCUGCAGUGCAUCAAGUGUGGCUGGUGUGCAGAAGAUGGAUGUGUCAGGGGAUCCUGGAAGGUACGCCUCAAUGGAAGCAUCAUAUUCCAUGGUGACACUAAGAAAAGGCUUCACAUCUAUUCUGGAGACAACUGGACAAAAGAGAUAUUGGAUAAUAUCAGAAAUAUGAAUGACUUCUUAAACCAGGCCUCACACUGCGAACUCAAGAACAAGUUUAAGGAGUAUAUGUUGCAGUGUAAAGAAAACCUGGUGCCUACAGCCUUACCAAUCAUUACUGCAUAUGUGGACAAAUCUGCAACCCAGGAGUGUAUGUCCAAUCCCUCUAUUCUGCUGAUAAUGCUCAGCUGCUUCCUCCUGUAUGUUUUCUGA